AUGGCAAAGUCAUUACAAAAAUCCGAAUCCGGUGCACUGGAAACUGUUAUCAACAUUACCGACUUGACGACCAUGGCUGAAACCCAGCAAAACCCUUCUACUUUAUUCUUGGAGAUUCCAGAAGGCAACUCCAACAUCCACCCCAACACCGGCCUGCGCAAGUCCUGGUCCGUCGGCUGUACCCAGUCCCUGGAGCACACCUCUGGAAUGUGGUACGACGGACGUGAGCACCCAUCCGGUGCCCUGGACGACGUUGAAUUUGAAGGUGACUACUUUGACGACGAAUUUGAUGCCUGCUGCGGCCGCGAGAACGACAACGACGACCACGUGUACAUGAGCUACUACGGUGGUCAGGCCUACUACGCCGACUCUGAGGCCGUCUACUCCGAUGAAGAGGGUGACUCCUUCGACGGUGAGGACGACGACGAGGAGGAUGACUUCAUGUACAUGCGCCGACCCAGGAGAGGUGCCAAUUCGGACUCGGGAACCGAGGGCUCUACUGGCAGCUGCGAACCGCCCAAGGACCUAAAGGAGAACAAGGAGCACUUUGAUGCCAGCAACUAUCCCAUCGACGCCCACGCCUUGCACGGCAAGCUCGCAAGGCUGCAGAUCCAGAGCUGCACUUGA